CUCCCAAGUUCUCCCACGUUGCAAUUAUCCACCGUAUUAAAAGAAGAGGCCGGCUGUUCUUCGAUAGCUGUACAAAACUGCUUUGAUGCGCUUAUUAUUCUUCGUCUCUGUGUUCCUACUGAUCGCACAGAUUUCUUUCCUGAUGGCGGAGGAAUCGAACAAGUCUGCCGGUGGUUCCAUUCCCGGCUCAGGCGAGGAUGCUGCCGUCCACAUCGUCUAUGUCGAUCGUCCGGGGGAGGAGGAGCCAGAGGCUUUCCACAUUCGCACCCUUGCCUCCGUCGUUGGAGGCGAGGACGCGGCAAAGGAUGCGCUUAUCUACCACUAUAAGCACGCAGCGAGCGGGUUCUCUGCUAAGUUGACCCCUCAGCAGGUUGCUGAGUUGUCUCAGAAACCAGAGGUUCUUCAGGUUGUGCCCAGCCGGACCAUGCAACUCCAUUCUGGUACUGGCGCCGAAGUUCAUCGCCAGGGUGCAGUGUGAGUCGUCUGGGAGAUAGAUAUGAGUGUAAUGAUGCUAUGGUGGAGCACUUUGAAUAAGUUCAAUGUACUGUUAUUUGAAAUUUCAGUCUGCUUAUUAUAAUUAUCCUUGUCUUGAUACUAAAUAUAAUGGAUGCCUUAGUUACUUGACUA